AAACGAAGCUUGACAAACUGUCAUCAGAUUGACUCCGAUGAUCCAGUCGAAUUCUUUCUACUCUUAUUGUCAGCUCCUACUUCGUUUUCUUUUCUUUCUGUUCCUCUUCCCUGCGAAAACUGAGGAGACACAGUCCCGUAGAAAAUAAAUCGACUGCGUUGAGAUUGCCCGUUGCGCAAUGUGGCAUAAACUUUUGUAUUUUUCGAUAGCAUUUAAAGUAGCGCAAGUUGAUCCGCUAUGCGAUCAAACGACAGCCAAUUUUUCUGUAUCGUACGACAAACUGAACGUUUGUUUUGGAUGGUGGAUCGCGCGUGGCAGCUUCUACCGGUUUAUACUACGGGCCCGUUCAGCGUGUUCGGGAUCAACGUUGGUAUCGAAGACGACCAAGGCCAAAGUAUCGGCAAACUCUGGUCCCGAUCGUCGAACCAAACCGAUUUAGACAAUAACUUUAAGACGAAGAGGUUUCCCUGUCCGAACUGUACCUGUGCCUACAGCCAGAAAUACUCGUUGAAUCGGCACCUGACCUACGAGUGUGGCCAAGAACCCCGGUUUAAAUGUCCCCACUGCGAAUAUCGAUGCAAGAAAUCGGCCAACAUUUAUGAGCACGUGAGAAGAAGACACAAAAACUGUCAGGUAUACGCGAUCGACGUUCUAAAGAUCGCUCGUAAGGAAGAGACUUAACCACAUUCGUUCCUCGUACAUUCAACGACGCUUCACCGAAGUAGCAGCUGCCAUUUUCUACUUUGCUCCUUAUGCGCUACACUUGAUUAGGGGAAUUUUUAAAUUCCCUCUAUAACGCCACUCUUUUUUCUUUUUUACCAUUUACGAAUUAUACCAGUAACUAUAAAUAAAGACAUACGUUGAUCGAAAAA